AUGCCCGGCUUCAGUUCCUUGGGCGCCGCGUCUGGAUGGCUCUCGGUCUACCUGUGGUACUUCAUAUCGUGCAUCCCGCUAUCUUACGUGCUCAUACCGCAACAUUGUAGAUAUAUGCAGGGCAUCUCUAUUUUGCGGCGUCCGGAUGUGCAAGUUCUGUGGGCAGGAGAGGCGUUGCUGACGCAGACACAGCUUCCCACUCUGCCAUGUGCAAAAGGACGUGCGGAUCCCUGUCACGAUCUCAUCUUACUCGAGGUUUUCGAAGUUGGCGAGGCUGAGGAGGCUCUAGAAUCUCUACGGAAGACCCAGCAGCGAUCCCCACCCUGUCCUUUGACUUUACCCAGGGAGCCGCUUCGGGUGAAUCUUCUGGACGACUCCGAUUCGAUCACGUACUCGAAAUUGUAUCAAGCUCUUGCGCAAGGCAUACCGUUGAUAGUCUCGGGCAUUCGGCCCGGGAGUCGCAACCUCACACCGCAAUACUUCAUUCACAACCACGGCGACACUCCGGUCAUGCUAACGAACACGAAAACGGGCUCAAAGCGAAAGGUGGCGCUGAAACUUUUCAUGGAAGAUUUCGUAUCCCCCUCCGACUCAGCAAACCCGGAAAAACUUCAGGAUUGGCCCCCGACAGCAGAUUUUGCGGUGAAGUAUCCGGAGAUCUUUGAACUUUUCGAGGAUUGUCUCGUAGGGCCCUGGAUCACGUCGAGAAGAGGGCCUCUCAACCUCGAGAACAACAUGCCGGCGGACUCUUGCCCACCGGAUACAGGCCCCAAAGCCUACCUUGCGCACGGUGCGGCAGGUGGUACCACCACCCGUUUGCACACAGACAUGACAGAUGCUGUUAAUAUACAAUUUCAUGCGGAGGGUGGGCCGGAAGGCGGUGCAUUAUGGACGAUGAUUGAUCGCGAUGACAUGAGUCGCGCUGCUGAGCUAUUGAGACAAUCUAAGCGCGGUCUUUUCGGCGAAGGUCAUCCAAUCCACUCUCAGCAGCUCAAUCUCACCGAUAAGGACGUUCAAGAUUUGAGGGACGGUGAAGUUACCAACUGGACUUCGUGCAUCAAAAUCGCUGUCGACUUUCCACUUCCGGCCAAUGUGGGGUAUUCAAGACGGAUCAGCGAAGAGCUUCGGCAACACCGUUUGGAUUGUGGAGAUACGGACGCCGAGGACGUACUCCAACUUUCUGCGAUGUGCUGGUGGACGUACAAGCGUUGGAAGAUCGAGAACCUCGCUGACACGCGCUCGGACCCCAACUCCAACCCCUGGUACUCGACAUAUUCUGCCGCCCCCGCAUACAUGCCCGUGCCACUUGUUAUUCCCAACCGUCAGUCUUCAUCAUCUCCAAAGGAACCCGUGCCACUUGUCAGUCCCAACCAUCAAUCUUCACCAUCUCCAAAUGAACCCGUGCCACUUGUUAGUCCCAACCAUCGUGCUGCUUCUCCCCCUGGUAUCGAGGACGAGAAUUCAUCGAGCUUUCAGGCCAUCCCUAUCUGCAACUCGGGCGUCGCUGACAAGCUUCUGGGAGAUGCAUCGUCCACCAUCCCCCAAAAGGAACUUUCCAGCCAUCCGGACGUUGAAGAUUCGCCCUCCGAAGUGUCACUGAUUCCUUCCAAGAGACAGAAGCCGGAGGGGCAAUUGACGAGGACGCAGAAGCGACGUCUAAAGAAAGCGAGAUCGAUACAUAAUAGAUCGUUGGCAGACGAGGGGAAGAUAUUGAAUUGCCCUCUCGGUGGGUGCACGCGCAGCGCGGACGAGUUCGAUCGGUGGUCUCUCCUCAAUCAUCUAGAGAGCGUACAUCAUCUACGUGUUCGCUUCCUCCACCUCGGUCAGUCGGGCGCCGAGACGGUGGAGAAGCGCAGAAAGAUACUCGAAAUGCAUCCAAACGACGACAUGGCCUUCAAACAGUACAUCCAAAAUGAGGUACUGAACAUGGGGGAGGGAUAA